CUCGUUGGUUGUACAAAAGUCUGUACUGGACACAUGCUGAUCGGAUACCGGUACAGAUACUUGAUGAAUCCAGCUUAUUACAACCACAGACAUGGAUGAAGAUUUUGCUCCAUUAGAUUGCCUUUUGCCUUCAGGAAAACAGAGGAUUUGCUUGGUUAUCCUAAAUCAGCCAUUGGAUGAACAGUACUUCCAUGCAGUUUGGAAUAAAGCCAAGAUCCGGGCAUGUGCAGACGGUGGGGCCAAUCAUCUGUACCGGCUCACGGAGGGUCAUCGUGAGAGUUUUCUCCCAGACUACAUAAGUGGAGAUUUUGAUUCUAUCCAGCCAGAGGUCAAGGCUUUCUACACAGAAAAGAAAUGUAAGCUGAUCGAGACAUCAGACCAGGACCUGACAGACUUCACUAAGUGCUUGGCCAUUAUGGUGGAGAAGAUCAAACAGCAAAAAUUGCAGGUGAACACCAUAGUCACACUGGGUGGACUUGCAGGCCGCUUUGACCAGAUCAUGGCCACAGUGGAGACCCUGUUUCAUGCCCAGAAGAUGACCGAUCUCCCUGUGGUAGUUCUGCAAGGCUGUUCUUUGGCCUACCUCCUUCGAGAUGGCAGACAGCACCGGCUGAACGUGAACACUGGCUUAGAGGGUAAAUGGUGUAGUCUCAUUCCUGUGGGCAGCGCUUGUCUUACCACCACUUCUGGGCUCAAAUGGAACUUGGACAAUCAAGUAUUGGCUUUUGGGCAGCUAGUGAGCACAUCCAACACGUAUGAGGAUCACGACCCCAAAGAAGGCAGAAAACUUGUGACCAUCACCACCGACAAGCCUCUUUUAUGGAGUAUGGGAAUUAAAAGACUUUGAACAAUGCA